AUGUCAGCCUGCGGCAGGCAACCUGGCAAGGGAGCCGCAGCGCCGGGGAUUGAACCAGGCGGGGAGGAAGGCCUUGACUCAUCAGAUAAAUCGACAGCCCCGCAGCGGCGAGCGAAGGCGGAGGAGGCGCGGCGGCGGCGGCUGCGACAGGGGAGAGGAUGGCGGAGGGACAGCGACAGCGGCCUGGAAGGAGCCAGGGGCAGCCCAGCGGCGGCGAGCCCUUCCUCAUCGGGGUCAGCCGAGGCCGGCACUGGCCAGCGCAAGGUGCGGGGGCUCGGCGGGGCAGCCCUGGGGGCCCGGGGGAGGCCCCGCGGUGCGUGCAGCCUCCCCGCGCCGGCGCGGCGGCGCAACAUGGCAGCGCGGCGGGUCCGAGCGACCGCCCCGCAACCGUGCGCCGCCGCGCCGGGCCGGGCAUGGCGGGCCGGGGCCCCCCGGGCGGGAUGGGAUGCGGGUGUGAUAUGGAGCGCCGCGUGGGCUCGCUGGCUGCCCGGGGAACGGGCGAGCCUGCGGAGGGAGCACGGCCGCCGAGGCCUCUCUGCCCGGCGUGGCGGCUCGGGAGCCCCCGCGGAACACGUGGAUGGAGGGUGCGGGUCUUCAGUAUGUUCCAAGAUCGUCCAGCUGCUGGGCCAGAAUGAGGUGGACUACCGCCAGAAGCAGGUGGUGAUUGUGAGCCAGGACAGCUUCUACCGGGUCCUCACCUCAGAGCAGAAAUCCAAAGCACUCAAAGGCCAGUUCAAUUUUGACCACCCAGAUGCCUUUGACAACGAGCUGAUCGUGAAAACACUCAAAGAGAUCACAGAAGGGAAGACGGUCCAGAUUCCUGUCUAUGACUUUGUCUCCCACUCCAGGAAAGAGGAGACGGUGACCGUGUACCCUGCCGACGUGGUGCUCUUCGAAGGCAUCCUGGCCUUCUACAGCCAGGAGGUGCGGGACCUCUUCCGCAUGAAGCUCUUCGUGGACACGGAUGCGGACACCCGGCUGUCCCGCAGAGUGCUACGAGACAUCAGUGAGCGAGGCAGGGACCUCGAGCAGAUCUUAUCUCAGUACAUCACCUUCGUCAAGCCUGCCUUCGAGGAGUUCUGUUUGCCGACCAAGAAGUAUGCUGACGUGAUCAUUCCCAGAGGAGCAGAUAAUGAAGUGGCCAUAAACCUGAUAGUGCAGCACAUCCAGGACAUUCUUAACGGAGGACUCAGCAAACGCCAGAGCAACGGCUACCUGAACGGCUACACUCCUCCGCGCCAGCGGCAGCCCUCAGAGUCCAGCAGCCGGCCUCACUGACCCCGGGCGGAGGCGUGAGGCUGCGGGCCGGGCACCAGGCCCUGCCACUGCCCCUCUGUACAUACUGUCCGUUCGAUCCCCCCUUAUCUAUUUAAGAAACCAGACGGAGACGAAUGCCUUUAAUUUUGUAUGUUCGAAAUGCCGAAUGAGAAGCAGCCGGUUGCUCGGGAGCCCGGACCGCCCACAGCUCCUGGCCUUGCUCAAUAACUCCUCCAGCACGGAGCCGGCUAUAAAUCUCUAUAAAUAUAGAAUUGCUCUAUUUUUGU